AUGCACACUGAUGUGUUGGCAUUAGUGGACCAGGUUGGCACACAUAUUCAGACCAUGUAUGUGCUGCCACCAUCACCUCACACACCAGAAGUCUUCAUUCAUAAGGACCUUCACAAGUAUGAGUUAAUAAUGAUACAUGAUGACCCCAUAUAUCCAGCCAUCCAGGCACCAUGCACAAAGCCUCACAAAGUGCUCAUUCUUUCUCGCUUUCCUUUAAACGAUAUUAUCAACACGAAGAUAGAAGAGAUGAAAAGUACCGCAAAAACUCAACGCAUAUCUGCACAUAGUCAUAUUAAAGGCCUCGGGUUAAAUGAAAAUGGUGAAGCAAUUCCAAUGGCUGCUGGAUUAGUUGGUGAAGAAAUGACACGGGAAGCUGCUGGUAUAGUCGUAGAUAUGAUUAGAUCAAAGAAAAUGGCCGGUCGAGCUUGCCUUUUAGCUGGGCCGCCAGGAACUGGAAAAAUGGCAAUAGCGCUUGCUACAGCACAAGAGUUGGGAAGUAGGGUGCCAUUCUGCCCAAUGGGAUGACGUGAAGUGUUUAGUUCAGAAAUUAAGAAAAAGGAAUUGUUAAUGGAGAAUUUCAGGAGAGCAUUUGGCUUACGGAUAAAGGAAACAAAAGAAGUAUAUGAAGGUGAAGUGACAGAGCUUACACCUGUUGAAACUGAAAACCCAUUGGGUGGUUACGGGAAAACUAUUAGCCAUGUCAUAAUCGGGCUUAAGACUGCCAAUGGAACAAAACAGCUUAAACUUGACCCUUCAAUAGACGAAUCAUUGCAGAAAGGCAAAGUUGAAACAGCCAAUGUAAUAUACAUUGAAGCUAAUAAUGGUGCUGUAAAAAGACAGGGCCGUAGUGACACUUACGCAACCAAAUUUGAUAUAGAAGCUGGGGAAUAUGUUCCAUUGCCAAAAGGUGACGUUCACAAAAAGAAAGAGGUAAUACAGGACGUUACUCUUCAUGACUUGGAUGUAGCAAACGCCAAGCCACAAGGUGGACAAGAUGUAGCUGUACUUGUGCCACAUGUGUUGUUUAUUGACGAAGUUCAUAUUCUUGAUAUAAAAACUUUUACAUAUUUGCAUCGAGCUCUUGAAAGUGCAAUAGCCCCUAUAGUUAUAUUUGCUACAAAUCGUGGUUGGUGUGUGAUAAGAGGUGCAGAGGACAUUAUAUCACCACAUGGUAUUCCAUUGGAUCUGCUUGAUAGAUUGUUAAUUAUAAGGACACUUCCAUACUCAAGAGAUGAUAUGGUACAAAUAUUGAAGUUAAGGGCAUCAACUGAAGGACUCCAGAUUGAAGAGGAGGUGUUGUCUAUUCUUGGCGAUGUGGGUACUUGCACUACAUUGAGAUAUGCUGUUCCGCUCCUCACUCCAGCAGCUCUGACUGCAAAAGUCAAUGGUCACUCAACUUUAACAAAAGAUGAUGUUCAGGAAGUGGCUGAGUUAUUUCUGGAUACAAAGUCCUUGGCAAGAAUUCUUAGCCAAAAUAAAGAAAAGUACAUGCAGUAGAUUUUAGAAAUGCC